UUGGACCGUAAACAUGCUACAGCAACAUUCAUAUGUGAUAUAUCAGUGAUGGAUCCCUAAUAAUAACGUACAGGCUAAACAUGCUACAUCAGCUGUCAUACAUCUGAGUUGGAUCCUUAAUAAUAUGCAGGUUUCAUAUAGGACCCUCCAACUUUAACAUUGCUAGUCUUGAACCAUAACCUUCGUUUAGGGUUAGUCGUAGCGGUAGAGAUCUGUGUACUGGCUCUUGAACUACAAAAAUAUCUCUUGGAUUGCAUGGGUUUUAGAUGAAAUUUCAUAAAUUCCUAAUGUUAGAAGCAAUAUUCUCUAGUGCGUAAGGAGUGAAUUUUUUUUAGGUUUAAAAAAGACGGAGCUCUUAUCUACAAGGAAAAAAUGAAAAUUGGGGAUUUCUGUGCGAAAAGUUGGGGAGUUUUGUGGGAAAAACAAAGUUUAGGGAGGUUUCGUGGGAAACAGCAUUAAAAUUUUCAGGGGUUUUGUGAAAUUUACCAAUACAGCCAAACUGAUCAAAAAUUCCAACCUGAAAACUUGAGAGAUGACUCAUAUAAAAUCAUAAAUCUUCAAAGCCAUGUCAGCGUCACAAUAGAAGUAUUAGACUUCACCGCCCGUCAAUAUAGACCUACAGAAAUUUCAAAACACUCUCCCAAGUCCUAAACAUUGAAGGGGGAGGUGGAGGGAGAGAGAGAGAACUAAUGGAGGGAGAAACUCGACACACCCGAAUCCAAACCAACGGAAUACGGAUGCAUGUAGCUGAGCAAGGGGACCCGGAAGGGCCUGUGGUCCUCUUCAUCCAUGGCUUCCCUGAGUUAUGGUUGUCAUGGAAGCAUCAGAUGUCUGAGUCGGCUCGAAAUGGGUAUCGGGCGAUUGCACCCGAUUUGAGAGGGUACGGGGACACGGAUUCGCCUCCGGAUCCGCGUCUUUACACUAUUCUUCAUCUUGUUGGAGACCUCAUCGGACUUCUUGAUCACCUCAAAGUGCAACAGGCAUUUGUGGUUGGGCAUGACUGGGGUGCAUCAGUAGCAUGGCACCUGUGCCUCUUCAGGCCCGACAGAGUGCGAGCGCUCGUCAACUUAGGUGUUCCUUAUAUUCCUCAAUCUCCAACCAACAAACCAAGCAACUUUUUCCAAAACUUCGGUGAUGGAUUCUACAUCAACCAGUUUCAGGAGCCAGGACGAGCUGAAAGCUCAUUUGCCCGUCAUGAUGUUUCCACGGUCAUCAAGAAAUUCCUGUCGACAAAAAUUCCAUCUCUUAUCGCUCCUUCAGGUAUGGAGAUUAUCGAUUUUCUUGAUGAACCAUCACAGUUGCCUUCGUGGUUAAGUGAGGAUGAACUUAAAUAUUUUGCAAACAAGUUUCAGAAAUCGGGGUUUACUGGACCAUUGAACUAUUAUCGGAUGAUGGAUGUGAACUGGAACCUGCUUGCACCUUGGAAUGGAGCAAAAAUCUGUGUACCUGCAAAACUUAUAGCUGGCGACAAGGACAUAGGUUUUGAAUCGUUUGGUACUAAGGAUUGCAUAACAGGAGACACUUUUAGAAAUUAUGUGCCAAAUGCUGAAGUUGUUAUUAUUGAUGGGCACCAUUUUCUUCAGCAAGAGAGAGCAGAAAAGGUUACUGAAGAGAUAAUGACCUUCUUCAACAGCAUAACUAAAGAGAAAUGAAGAAUCGAUGAGGAACUUCUUUAUGAUGGGAAUUGACCAGAAGUCAGUAUAGUUGCCGAUGUUGUUUCAGCUAUACAUUGAAGAAUAUUUUUGUUAUUGGUCUGUCUAUGUAGUAAUUGCCCUAAAAAUACAAUUGAUUGCCGAAGUAUGUCUAUUCUUCGUAUUUCGAUGAUAAUUAUUCU